CGGAUCUUCCAUUCAUAUUUUAGUCUCCCAAGAACGGUUUUUAAAACUUUUUGACCCACAAAUUUGGAGUCUUGUACUUUCAUCUAAUUUGCAGGGUUCAAAAAGCAAUCGAUCAGUCAAGAUUAAGGGAGUUUUACUAGUUUUCGUUGGCGUUGUUAUCUUUAUUUAUCGUAUUAGCAAUCAAAAUAUGGUUGAAAGAAAAAAUCUCUAUUUAAAAAGACUUUUUCCUAUACGGAUGAAUUGCAUUGAAUCCAUAACUGAUCAAGAUAGUGGUUAUUCUACUCUAAAUCGAUUGAGUAUUUUACUCCUUUCUUUUCCAAAAGGCAAAAAUCCAAUUGAUAUUGAUUUACUGAAUCCAAACUAUAAUACUCGGGUUUUGCCAAUAAAAAAACCCUAACAUGCCUCAAUCAAAGUUAGAUUCGACGCAGGGGAAAAACUUUAUUAGAGAAAUUAUUAGAUGAACUAGAACGGAAUUUAGAGAAAUUCCAAUGAAACUUCUUGGUUUAAAUCUGGUAUUCUUAAAAGAGAAAAAAUCGCUGGAGUUUCCUUAUGAUUCCACAAGAUCUAGUUCCUUACAAGUAAAAGAUUCCGGCCAACCGAAAGGAUCCUUGGAUAUAUUUUUUUUUGGAUUCCAUUAGAAAUGAGGAUUCCGAAUAUUCCAAAUUAAUGAAUAAAAGAAAAUUUAAACAACGAAAACAAAGAUCAACUUCUUGGGAUCCUUCCUUUCUUAAAACGGAACAAAAAGAGAUCAAAGGCCGUAAACCCACGCUAAGCCUUCCGUUUCCAAAAGAAAGGGAACAACUUCGGGGCAAUGCCCCGAGGUCCCUUUAUUCAUUUUACUCUGAUAGAUGGUCAGAACUUUAUAUGGGAUCAACUCCUAUUGCUAAGUCCAAUAUGGAUCCGAAAUUUAGGAAUAAAUCUCUUUCUUUUGUCCGGCAAGCGGAAAAGAAAGAAAUAGUUAAUCUAUUUAGAAUACUUACGUAUUUAAAAAGGACUGUUUUAAUUAAGUCUAUUUCUUUGGAUCCCGAAAUAGAAAAUUCGAAGAAUACUGGAUUUCUUAAAAAAACUCCAUUAUUUUCUUUUGUUAACCGAUUCCUUGAAAGUAAACAAGGAAGCUAUGUGCUACAACAUAAUUGGAAAUCAGAAAAAAAAUUACAACAAAGUCCAGGUUUAUUUAUUCUGACAAUUAGCGAGCCUGAUCCAGUCUAUAAUAAGGGAUUUACUUUUUUUGUUAAUAUAGAUUCAUAUGAAUUGCAUAAAAUCAAAUUAUUGAAUCAAAUAUUCAAUACUAGGAUUGAAUAAAAAAAUCAAUCUUUG